UUGAGUAGUUUUCACAUGUUUUCUAUCUUUUUAUUUUCUUUGAAUAAUGCUCUUAUAUCCCCUCAGCUUUUAUAAGUAGACUGUACACUCAGACCUUAAAAGUCAAGUAUGGCGGAACCAUCUUUAGCUCGUCUCUCUGCCUUGUUCUUCGGCUUUCUCCUCCUCUUGGCAACUUACUCUUGGGUCCCUGGACUCCACUCAGGCUACUUAUCCGGUACCGGGGUCCGGAAAACUCUCGGACCGGAUCUUAAACUCCGCGUUGACCACUCUUCCGCAAAGCCUCAUCACCCACUUGACCCACUAACGGUGCAAGAAAUCGAGAGAGUCCGAGCCAUCCUCUUGGAUCAUGAACCGGGUUUUGGUUCCGGGUCGGCCACGAUUCACUCCAUGGCUCUUGACGAGCCGGAUAAGAAACGUGUCGUCAAGUGGAAGAAAGGAAAUCGGCUACCGUCGCGAAGAGCCGAGGUCCUCGCGUUGUCGAGUGGUCAGUCCCACGUGAUUAUUGUGGAUCUUGAUUCGGGUCGGGUCGUUUCCGAUGUGGUCAACCCGACUUCUGGGUAUCCGAUUCUCACCAUGGACGACCUCAUCGUGGCUUCUCAGGUUGCUUUGAAGAGCAUCGAGUUCAACCGCUCAGUCGAAGCUCGUGGGGUUAAGCUUUCCGAUUUGGUAGCUCUACCAACGUUCACCGGAUGGUUUGGACCGGAGGAAGAAGGACGUCGAAUCCUAAAAGUCCAAUGUUUCACGUCACAAGACACUCCUAAUUAUUUCAUGAGACCCAUUGAAGGUCUUUAUGCAACGGUCGAUAUGGACAAACUAGAGGUUAUCAAGAUCGUCGAUAAAGGCAUGGUUCCUAUUCCCAAAGCUGCCGGUACAGAAUACCGGUAUAAUGUUCAGAAUAAGCCGGUACACAUGGAUCGAAUCAACCCCAUUUCGAUUGAGCAGCCGGAGGGUCCUAGUUUCCUGGUCGAAGAUGGACAUUUGGUUAAGUGGGCUAAUUGGGUUUUUCAUGUUAAAGCUGACCACCGAGCCGGUAUGAUCAUCUCUCAGGCCACGGUUCGUGACUCCGAGACAGGUGAACCAAGAAGUGUGAUGUACAAAGGAUUUCCAUCAGAGUUGUUCGUACCAUACAUGGACCCUGGAGAACUAUGGUACUACAAAAGUUAUCUGGAUGCAGGCGAGAUCGGUUUAGGUCCUGCGGCAAUGCCUCUUGUGCCCCUCAACGCCUGCCCUCGAAAUGCUUACUAUAUAGAUGGCGUUUUUGCCUCGCCGGAUGGAAAAGCCAUUGUCCAACCUAACAUGAUAUGCUUGUUUGAACGAUACGCAGGCGAUGUCAGCUGGCGACAUUCUGAGAUUCUUAUCCCCAGUGCUGAUAUAAGAGAGUCAAGGCCAAAAGUUACAUUGGUCGCUCGGAUGGCUACUUCGGUCGGAAACUACGACUAUACUUUUGAUUGGGAGUUUCAGACUGAUGGUUUGAUUCGCGUUACGGUCGCGGCUUCAGGUAUGUUGAUGGUGAAAGGGACACCUUACGAGAAUGUAGAUGACUUAGGUGAUAAACAGGAUGAGUCUGGACCGUUGAUCUCUGAGAAUGUGAUUGGAGUCGUCCAUGAUCAUUUCAUAACGUUUCAUCUAGACAUGGACAUUGAUGGACCGAUGAAUAAUUCGUUCGAUAAGGUUCAUCCAGAGAAGCAAAGAGUUCCAACCGGAAAAUCACCAAGAAAGAGUUACUUGAAGGUCAAGAAAUAUGUAGCCAAGACUGAGAAAGAUGCCCAGAUCAAAUUGAGCCUCUAUGACCCAUAUGAAUUCCAUGUUGUGAACCCAAACCGUAAGUCUCGGUUAGGGAACCCGGCCGGUUACAGAAUCAUACCGGGUGGGAAUGCGGUGAGUUUGCUCGAUCACGAUGAUCCUCCUCAGAUUCGCGGUGCAUUCAGCAAUAAUCAGAUAUGGGUAACUCGUUAUAACCGAUCAGAGCAAUUUGCUGGAGGAGUUCUAGUGUACCAGAGCCAUGGCGAUGACACACUACAAGUUUGGUCAGAUCGGGAUCGCUCGAUCGAAAACAAUGACAUAGUGUUGUGGUACACAUUGGGAUUCCAUCACAUACCUUGCCAAGAAGAUUAUCCGGUUAUGCCAACGGUAGCUGCUAGCUUUGAGCUUAAACCGGCUAAUUUCUUUGAAUCCAAUCCGGUUAUCGGUGUCGCGCCCAUCUUUGAGAAAGAUCUACCGGUCUGUAGACCGUUUGCUUCAUCUUGAUUGGUUUUUUCUCAUAUAGAAUUUUGACUAGAUCAAAUGCCCGGUUUAGCCACACGUUGUUGAAGUUUGUAUACAGUUUUGUAAUAAAACCAACACGUCCAAUAAAUAAGAGAGACUUACGUAAAAGAACACUUUUUGAGUUA